AAUUAAAUUUAAGAGUGAUGUAUAGGAUAUGUGGUUGAGCUUUAAUCUAUUUGGUUGAAAAAGAUAUAUAUGGAUAUUCUAUGAGCAAGUGAAUAAUAAUCGAUGGUUUGCACUAUAUAUAUAUAUAUAUAUAUAUAUAUUUAAUAAUAUAUGAAUAUUGUUUAAUUGAAUAAAGCUAAAGAACACACUAAAUCCGGACCAAAAUCAGAGAAUGAGAGGGGGAGAUUUUAUAUAUUUUGCUAUUACAAUGUUCUAGAACUGAAGAAUCCAACUCUUCAAAGUAGGGUAAUGACCCCUAUUUAUAGUUUUUUCUUAUGGGUCUCAUACAACAUAAAAUCCUUUUGAAUAAAGAAAAACCCUAAAAGGAUAAGGUUGGGUCGUACGGUCUGACACCUCUACGACAGGCAGUACAAUGUGGCAGAGCGGUCUUAACGCAUGACAAUUGUGUAACGGAUCACUCGGACCAACGGCCACGAACAACCGGGUCAACGACCACGAUCAAUCGGACUAACGGUCACGAUCAACUCGACUAUGGAGAAAUCGGAUCAAACGAUUUCCUUCGCUUUGUUCGAAUCAAGCACAUCUCCGGUCCGAAAGGAAGUCCUCAUGCUCGUGCUUGUUUCUCUCUUCUCUCGAUCUCCGAUCUCAUCGGUCUAACAUAUAUCCGAUUUUUACCGUACACAGAUAGUUCCCACACUUUCCGGACUGUAGUCUUAUCGGAGUAACGGGAAGUGGACGAAUCAAGAAAUCGGUGGUUCCAUAUGCUCGUUAUUAUCUUUUCAUUUUGGCGGGAACAGUUACAUCACGUCCUUCUGUCAUCAGCCACGUGUCUCAUCCCGGAUGGUCAGCUCUGACAACCGCCGUAACACACGUCGUUUCAAGUCACUUCUCAUUAAUUAUGGGACACGUGGCAUCCCCCGGUUGGCUGGGAUUUGAAACUGACUCGAUCCCAUAUCUAUAUAACGCCUUUCACCUCUUCAUUUUUCCAUUUUACAUCUUCGUUUCACUCUACUUCUCUGUUUUAUUUCUUCAUUUCAUCACUUCUAAUCAUCCUUCAUCUCAUAUUUCUUGCUGAUUUGCUGCUUAUAUUGCGUGAAAGGAAACCAGCUCCACCAACUUCUUUAGCUGUUCUUGUUUAGAAAGUGCUGCUUCUUUUUCUUCCUACUCUUACUAUUUUGCAUUUUUUCUUGACUGCUCCCUUACUCUAUUUUUUAACUUCUUUUUCGAAUUCGCCAAAUCUCCUUCAUAACUUCCAAAUGUCUGCUAACACCGAAACCACCUCCCAUGAUGUUCUCUCGAUUUCUUCUCAAGGAACCGAGCCAACUUAUCAAUCCCAGGGAAAAACUGCCUUUGAGCCCACUGCUUCGGACAUUGUACCGUCCAAACCCAACUAUAACAAGGAUUUCGAGGUUGAGAAACCUUCUCUGGUUUCCGACAGGGGGUUUGAUGUAAGACGGUACCCCUCGUCCAUUGCCGAGGACAAACUUGAUUUAGUCCGAGCUGAUUGCGGAUGGGAUAACCGUCCGGUACAAGUUUUUGCCCCCGGACCUGAUGAAUCAAUCACCGACCAUCGGGAGGGCUUCUUAUAUGUUUACACCUACCCUUUCACACUCAAGCUCGACCCUCCGAUCGACCCGGUUAUCCUAGAUAUGUGCCGGAUUUACGAUGUAACCCUGGCACAGAAUUGUCCGAUCGUAUGGAAGACCGUGGCCUGCCUCCGGCUAUUUGCCAAUAACUUGAAAAAGGAGUUCACGCUGGCUCACUUCAUCCGGCUAUACUCCCCGAGGUUGUUCCGGGGGGGGGGGGGGGGGUGUGUAAUAAAGCUUGCUAAGAGAAGCCGGAACCCAAUCUUCUCGAAGAUGGACGAAGAUAGAGAUCGGGGUUGGCUGGAGCGUUAUGUCCGGGUGAGGACCGCGAACAUUAUUCCGGCCAACUACAUGCCCUUCCUGGAGAGGUGGAAUGAUAAUCGUAAGUCAGUUCUUUUAAUAAUUGCCUUUGAAUGCUUUGUCAAACACUAGUCCUUUCAUAUUCUCACUAUUUAUCCCCUUCUUUAUACCAGCCGUGGCGUGGAUACCUCCGGUUGUCCGGAACAUUAACGAAUGAGUUAGUGCUCUUCUUAGCCAGCACACCCACGAAGCACGGACCUGGGGACUUCUGUCGCGUGGCCGAUGGGUCGCUCACAAUCACGGUUUACCCAAGGGCUCGGUGAACUCAAGACCGGAGCCAGCGGCUGAACCCGCUGCGUCGGCACCCGAGUUCGAUUCAGCGGGUACUUCCCGUAUCAUUGCUGCUGCUAAUAAGAGGAAAAAGCCCUCUGACAAAGGGCAGAAACCGAAGAAGAGGGCAAGGAGCGUUGUUCGGACUCUAAGAGAUGAAACAGAGUCCGAGUUCCUCGUUCGGAGGAUCGGUGUGACCCCUCCCGUUGCUUCUAUUCCGGAGGAGGGUACCAUAGCCGGGGAAGGACCGUUAGCUCCGGCCUUGCACACAGGUGGGGAUGAAAUUCAUUACCCGACUCCUUUAAGUUCGAUUGAAUUUGUUGAUAUUUCAGGUGAUGGUUCAUCCGAGGAAGCCCCCCUGCAAAGGACGAGAAGGUCCGGGUGUGCACCCGAGAUCGAUCUGAGGGCUGAGCCGGUCCCCGAGACCGAAGUUCCAGUGGAUGUGGGCCCACUGCCCGGCUAUGAGACCGCCGCACCUUCCGAGAUCCCUGCCUCUACCGAGGCUGCUGAGGCCGGCCCGAGUUCUCCAACUCCAGCUUCAAGGUCGGAUAACUUUGAUGACAUGUUCUCGGACACUCCUCCCGCUACCGGCGAAGCUGCCGGUUUUGGACAUCUCCCGAUUCCUCUAGCCACGAGGGCGGCUAGCCGGACCACCGAGACUAGAGCUAGGGAUAGCCUGGUGCGUGUCUUCCCGGCUCCAAGUAUGGAACCUAGGAGGACCAGAUCGGCCGUAAUCAUCAUCCCAGAGGACUGCAGCUUUUUGUCUCGCCCGGUGGGAGUAGCAAGCUACAUGUGGCCACUCGUCUCGGACUCGGAUAAAUGGAAGAUGAACGGAGUCCCCUGGAAGUGUCUCAUUAAAGAGGGCAUGCACGCGGGCAAUCGAAGCGUGGUGCUUGUUAACGAGGCCUUCGUCCGUUCCCAGCAAGAAGUUGACGAUCUCAAGGGCCAUUUGGAUGCCCAAGGUCGAGAAACGGGGAAGUUCCAACACCUUUUGCGGGUGAAGGGGGAUGAAUUGAACCGAGCAGUUACUCUUUCCAACCUUCAACCCGAGCUCAACGCGGCGAAGGCCGAAAACCUUCGAUUAAGGAAUGAGUUGGCCGAGAUGGUCGAGAAGAACCGGCUUCUUGAAGCGGACAAGGUCGGCCUUAGCCAGGAUAACGAUUGUUUUUCCUCAAGGCUUGGUGAGCUCGAGGCCACUAUCUCUCAACUCCGGGGGGAGCUUGACUUGGUCAAGUCCGAUGCCGUGAGCAUGGCCGAAAGGCAUCAGCUGCUUGAAUCCGAGAGUGCCAAGUACAAAGAGCGGAUGGGGGUGUUUGAGCGAAAGGCAGAGGACAGGGCCCAGAUAUGUGAUGAGCUGAAAAUCGAACUCGAGGAGACGGCCGAGGCUAAUGAUCUUCUCAAAGCCGAGCUCGAGUCGGCCACUCAAAUCCAAAGGGUCUUCGAUGAAGAGCGGGAUGAACUGGUGGCAAAGCUAGCCCAGGCUGAGGCCGAUUUGGCAGAAACCCUUAGGAGUGUCGAGGCUGCCGAGGCUCAUACUACGAUUGCAGUGGAGUAUGAACGGUGGAAGUCUCGGAGGGUCACCCUUGAGCAAGCCGGGCAUGGCUUUGCGGAUCUUCCGACCCUGAUACUCGAAGCUAAAAAGGGUCGAGGAAGAAGCCAAGAGAGCCCUCGAUACUGACUCCGAAGAUUCCGAGCGGACAGUGUCCGAACACUCCGGAUCCAGCCAUACCAGAUAGACCAGGGCCUGUAGUUAGCCUUUAUUUCGUUUUUUUGCCUUUUUGGCUUGAUUUUUGUUUUUCGACCUCGUAGGGGUCUCCGGUGUAAAAACCUUAUAUAAAUGGAACAUGCAUUUUUCCUGAUUU